CUUGAUCAUGAUAUACCCACGCAACCUCCUCUCUUUGGAUCAUCGCAAGCUGCAAUACCGCCAUCAUGUCCGCAGCAAUGGGUGAAAUCAUCACCAUUAGCAAUUUCGCCACCAAAAUAUCCCGAGUCUCUCCAGAAGCAUCAUCAACUCUCUACGGGCUCGUCGACAUGGGAAGGUUGGCACCUCCCAACCGUCUUUUCAGAAGCAUUGCUAAAAGCUGUUAGCAAUGGCAUUCGAUUUUCGAUUUCAGAUCUCGCUUUACCCACCAGUCGAGCCCUGAAUUGUAUCUACCGCGAACGCGCCGGUAUAUCUCUUUACGAUGCCCUCCACGAAUCGACAGCCGACGCGAAACCCUUCCAUUUCUCCCCCGAUACUAUCAAUCGAGUCGCGCAGACUAUGGCAAGAUUCAGAAAGAUAUGCGAUGGAUAUGGCGUACAGCAGACAAACACUAGUGUAUUCGCGACCGAGGCCAUGCGUACGGCCAAGAAUCGAGACGAAAUGCUAGGCGCGAUCAAGGAAGCAAGUGGGCUAGUGGUCGAUAUUCUGAGUCCUAAUAUGGAGAGUCUCUUUGGAGCUAUGGGUGCCAGAAGUGGAUUUCACCAUGUUGAUGGCCUUUUUAUGGAUUUGGGAGGGGGUAGUGUGCAGAUGACUUAUGUCAAUUCAACUGAGCACCCUAAUUACGAUAUCCUAGCCGCAGAGGCUGCAACGAGUAUGCCUUUCGGUGCUGCGAAGCUUACUGCUGCAUUGCCAGCUCAAGAUGAGGGGCAGACAGCCAAGAAGGAAUUGCGUUCGCUGAUGAAAGAGACAUUUGAAGGCCUGAAAAGUCGGUUUUCGAGGCUGAAGCAACAGGCGGAACAUGAUGAUGGCAUUACAAUAUACUUUUGUGGUGGAGGAUUUCGCGGGUAUGGCAGUAUGUUAAUGCAUACCGAGAAAAUGCGAUAUCCGAUUCCUGCAAUUGGCGGAUACACGACGCCCGGUGAGCGCUUCGUCAAGUGGCGGGAGAUGCUUCAUGUCAAUAAGUCUGAAGAAGGAAAAAUAUACGGACUAUCCAAGAGAAGAAGAGAACAAUUUCCCGCGAUUGCUACAGUGGUGGAGGCUCUUGUCGAUGCCGUACCCAAGAUCAAGCAAGUCGUGUUUUGCAGUGGAGGCAACCGUGAAGGAGUUUUAUAUAUGAAAUUACCCCCUGAGUUGCGAGAGACAAAUCCGCUGUCUCUGAUUCCUGGCAAUGUUGCAUCAGAUAACAACGCAGCAACUGAUGCGAUCGUGACCGCAAUACAAUCCGGCAUGACCAAAGAAUCACCAGCAAUAUUCUCUAGCGAGAUUCUGAAAUACAUAGCACAUUCUAGCUGGCAGGAAAUGGGCGAUCGAGACAGCGCAAACUCUGCCAAAUCUCUUCAUGACCCCAUCUCUGGCUCACUAGCAGGAUUCCCCGGAUUGACGCAUGAAUUGAGAGCAGUCAUUGCUCUCACGAUGUGCUCGAGAUGGGGCUCAGAUCUUGGGCCUAAGGAUAAGGAACUGGCUGAAAGUCUUCAGUUGUUAAUCGGCCAUGAGUUGAGUUUUUGGUGUCGCUAUGUUGGCUGUUUGGUGAGAAUGCUGGCUCAUGUGAUGCCGGCAGCUCCUGUGAGUGAGGAGGUUAUCCAGAAUCAUAUUUCUCUGAAGCCAGAUGUCACUUAUGGACUUGGUAAGAAAGGCCACAAGGUUGGUAUCCGAUUGAGAAUUGAGUUAGGUCCAGGUGCGACUGGUCUUGCGGCUGGCGAGAUAGAGAAAUACUUUGACAAGAUUGCGAAGGGUCUGAAAGUCGAUUGGAAGGUUGAAGCGGAGGUCAAGGAAUGAUAUAUUAGUCAGCUAUGAUACCCCCAGAACAUACGUAUACUUAGAAUCAA